AUGCCUGAAGUAGCAGAGGUGGCACACGUCUGUGCGCUUCUUCGGAGGAACGUGUUGGGCUUCAAGAUCAAAGAGGCCAAGCUCAAUGUCGAUACAUUGCUCUUUCCAGCGCUUAAGACUGCUAAAGACCCCGAGAGCACGCUAAAUACGUUCAGAGAUAGUCUCAAUGGUGCUGAAAUAUCCUCAAUUGGCCGCCAUGGAAAGUACUUCUGGAUGAGACUUGCAAAACCCUCGUUCCCACCCACCGUGAUGUUGAUGCACUUUGGCAUGACAGGAAUGAUCAAGCUUCGUGAUAUCGAGUCUCAUUUGAUCUUCAUGGAAGGCGGCGGCGACAAGAAGGUGCUUGAUCGAAAGUCCCAAAAGGAUUUGGCAGAAGGAACCACCGAGGGAAGUACCAACAAGAGGUCGAAUAAACCACCCAUUGAGACUGACUCAGAAGCUGAAUGGCCACCACGGUUCACCAAGUUUGAGUUGCUGCUUGAGAAGAGCGAUUCUCCCGUGAAGCUGGAGAGUGGAGAAACCGAACAGACCGUUAGAACAUUGGACUUUGCCUUCACAGAUCCACGAAGACUCGGCAGAGUUCGUAUUCUUAGUGGACCAGAGUAUGCUACCGAUGAGCUUUUGUUGCAGCAGGACCCGCUCAAAAGCCUUGGCCCGGACUACCUGAAAAGUGCUGAAGGAAACCCAGUUAAGAAGGAAGAGAGUGGUGACGAUUCCUUUGAGUUUGGUGACCCUGAUCCACACCACCAUGGUCGCCCUAGGCUCACCAAGGACGAUUUUGCAGGUCUUGUGCUCAGCAAAAAGAAAGCCAUCAAAUCAUUACUCUUGGAUCAAGAACAUUUUGCAGGUGUGGGAAAUUGGGUUAGUGAUGAGGUGCUCUACCAUGCCAAGAUCCAUCCCAACGAGACUAUCUCGAAGAAGGUGCUGGAUCCCUCUGAUGGGAUUCUAGAAGACUUGUACAAUGCCUUGAUCUACGUAAUGGAAGAGAGUGUGAAGGUUGAAGGCAAUGUGCAUCGGUUUCCAGAUCACUGGCUCAUGAUCUAUAGAUGGGGCAAGGGCAGGAAGGAGAAGGCAAAAACCAAGGCCGGACACCCUGUGGAUCACGUCACAGUGGGUGGUCGAACAAGCUGUUUUGUUCCGGAAAUCCAAAGAGCUUUAAAGAAACGGGCCAAUGACGAAGUCUCUGAGCUGCAGAGAAAAAAGCUUAAGGAGUUCAAAAACGAGGAUGAAGAUUGA